CACAGCUUGGCGCGGGCGGUGGCGCGGGCGGUUAAGCGGCAGACACAAGCACAGGGAACGCAAGAUGAGGAAGAAGUGCGUCUCUUGGCUUUGAUUGCAAAAAAGGAUUAUAGCGAUGAAAGUAAAUGUAAAAAUAAAAUAAAAGAAUAUUGCGAUGGACUGAAAAAUGUUUCAUUAACAUCAGAAAAAGUACAUAAAGAAUUAAAAGAUUUUUGCAAAGAUGGAAAUGAAGAAAAAAAGUGCAAAGAACUAAAAACCAAAAUUGGAGCAAAAUGUAACACAUUCAAAGAUAAACUUAAAACAGCAGCUGGAAAAGACAUUGUAGAUUUAAAAGAUACAGACUGUGCAAAUGAACAAGAAUGCCUAUUUUUGGAGGGAGCAUGUCCAGGUGAUCUUACAGAGAAUUGCAAUAAAUUAAGGAAUAAGUGUUAUCAAAAAAAACGGGACAAUGUGGCAGAAGAAGUUCUUUUAAGAGCACUUAGUGGAAGUCUUAAAGAAAAAGAUUCAUGUAAAAAGAAGUUUAAGGGUGUUUGCCCAUUGUUAAGCAGAGAAAGUGAUGAGUUAAUGAUGUUAUGUUUUGAUGAGGAAAAAACAUGCAAGAAUAUUAUGGCUAAAGAACAAAGUAAAUGCAAAUCUCUGAAAGAUGAAAUUGAAAGUGUGCUAAGUAAAAAAGACGAAUUACAAACAAAAUGCCUACCACUACUUAAGAAGUGCUACUUCUAUGAUACCGAUUGUAUUGGAGAUAAACCGAAUUGCGAAAAGCUCACGAAUGAUUGUAAAGAAAAAGACAUAACUUAUACAAAGCCUGGUUCGGGUUUUGAGCCUAUAAGACCAGGAGUUACAUUGGCGGAAGAAAUAGAAUUGGAAGAACUUUAUAAAAAGACAGCAAAAAAGGGGGUUCGUAUUGGAAGACCACCUACAAGAGAUGCGACUGAGCUUUUAUUGUUACUAAGUCAAAGCGAUGCAAGGUCUACGAUUAUAGAAAAAUGUAAAGAAGUACUUAAUGAAAAGUGCAAAGACCUUAAAGAAAAUGAAAUCCUGAAGGAUCUAUGUGAUAAAGAUAAAAAUAAAAUGAAUCCAGACGGAGAAAAAAAGUGCAAUAAAUUACAGGAAAAACAGACAAAAAACAUUCAAAUUCUCAUUACAAAGAUCGAGACCAAACUUUUCUUAAGUAACCCAAAUACAAUCAUUGCAUGGCACGAUUUAUCAACAUUCCUUAGUGACAAAGAUUGCAGAACUUUAGAAUCAGAUUGUUUUUAUUUGAAAGGCCAAGGUCAACUUGAAAAACUCUGUGGUAACCUAAAAGCAGCCUGUUAUAAAAAAGGGCUUGAAGCAGUAGCAAAUGAAGCAUUACAAGAUAAGUUACGGGGAAAGUUGCAUGGAUCAAAUGGAACAUGGUUUGAAAACCUUCAAAAAAGCUUGGUAGAAGUAUGUAAGGAGCUAAAAGGAAAAAGUGAUGAACUAUUUGUGUUGUGUGUACAGCCAAAAAAAGCUGCUCUUGUACUUUCAACAGAUUUACGAUUUAGAGCUAUUUUUCUACGGGAACAAUUAAACGAGAAGCGAGAUUAUCCGACGGAAACAGAUUGUAAAGAAUUAGAAAAAAAGUGCAGAAUACUAGGACAAGAUUCAAACGAAAUUAAGUGGCCAUGUUUUACAUUGAAUCAGCAUUGCGACCGUUUAAGAAUUGCAGAGCAAUUGGAGGAGAAAUUGUUAGAAGAAAAAACAAAAGACUUGGAUAAAUUCAGUUCAUGUGUAGAAAAUUUGAAAAAGUGGUGUAAUGAUUGGGCUAGAAGAGGAAGAACUCAUUUUACUCUUGCAUGUGUAGCACAAAAUACUACUUGCAAGAUUCUUACAGAAAAAGUUGGGUUUAAGUGUGCUAGGUUGCAUGAACAUAUGAAAACAGAAGGUGUUGUAGCUAAAGCAAAAAAAGAAAGUACAGCGGAACAACCAUGCGGUUUUUGGGAACCCUAUUGUGACAAAUACAUGUCAAGCUGCAAGGAUUUAGAAAGCACUGGAAAGGAUGAUGGAUGUGAAAAACUUAAAGAAAACUGCAAGCCAUAUCGUGCACAAAGAGAUCGUGAGGAUGCAGUUAUGCUAGAGUUUAAGGGGAAUCUUGAUAACAAAAACAACUGUGUGACAACUCUUAACCGAUACUGUACACAAUUGAAUAAUGCAACUAACGGACUUGAAACUUUGUGUAAAAGCAAAGAAAAAGGGAAAAAUGAUGCUCAAACUAGAGAAACACUUUGUGAAAAAUUAAUUGAACGAGUGAAAAGAAAAUGUAAAGGACUAUUAAAAAAACUUGAAAAGGUUAAAAACGAAAUAGAAGAAAAAAAUAAAGAAUAUGAAGGUAUUAAAAAGAAAGCAGAAGAUGCAAUGGAAAAAGCGAAUCUUGUUUUAACAUUAAAAAUAACGAAUAAGUCAGUAGAUAAUGCAGCUUCUAAUACACCUAAGAGUGGAAAAGACACCCCACAAUUUAAACUUGUAAGAAGAAAUACAAAAUUGCAAGUAACAGAAGAAGAACUGAAUGCAUUUGAUUUGGUAUCACAAGCAUUUAGUUUGUAUGUAGAAUUGAAGGAGAUAUGCCAUCAUUCACUGAAGGAUUGUGAUUUCAAAAAAGAAUGUGAUUGUACUAAUCCAUGCGAAAAGAUACAAGAAGUGUGUUCGAAAUUAGAGCCACUAAAAGUGAAACCACACGAAAUAACAACUAAAAACGUAACAACCACAACGACAACCACCACCACAACAACCGUUACAGAUCCAAAAGCAACAGACUGCCAGUCUCUGCAAACGACAGACACAUGGGUCACAAAGACGUCUACGCAUACCAGCACGUCCACGACCACGUCCACAGUCACCUCAAGAAUAACACUCACCUCGACGAGGCGGUGUAAGCCUACGAAGUGCACGACAGGAGAGGGGGAUGAUGCAGGAGAGGUGAAGCCGAGUGAGGGGCUGAGGAUGAGUGGGUGGAGUGUGAUGAGGGGGGUGUUGGUGGCAAUGAUGAUUUCAUUCAUGAUUUAA